AUGAUAAAGGGAUACUGCAGUACCAUAGUCAACACGGGAAUUUGUUUAGGACUGUUUGCGGGCGUUUGUAUUAGUAAUUAUGUGUGCAAGAGUAAGAAUUGUGCGUUUUUCAUAACAUUUGGGCUGUGCAUUUCAAGUAUUCUUACAGUUCUCAACCUGGUGAAUUUGAUCCAGUCAAAGUCAAAAAUAACAUUCAAAUCUGUUUAUGCAGGAGUGAUUAAUGCAGUGAUGGAUAUCUGGAUUGUGUUUAUGUAUUCAAGGCUUCAGUACGCAAGCUCUUUGUUUGUAUGUCUGCUUGUUCUGAUGCAUCACAUCACCUUGUAUGUGUUUACAUGCCAUGUGCAAUAUCCGAAGUCUACGUAUGUGAUCAUGAUGUUCUACACAUUCUCAUUCAUGCUUUACAAGCUCUGGUUUGUGGAAGAGUAUGGGUUUUCCAUGGAGGCGAUUCCGUUUUUUGCAAGGAAGUACUUUGUUAAGGGAGCCGUCAAUAUAAUGCACUUUGGAAAUGCAAUACCGAUACGGACGAUAAUUGUGGAUAGACUCGACAGGAUUGAGAAUGCGGAGGCUGCAAGUUUCUUUGGAUCAAUGAUAAUGUUUGCGAUUGUUGUCAUGAAAGCGUUGGUUGACAAACCUGCAUUUCAAGAAGAGAUGAGCAAGGUUAGUGGCAUGGCAUUACCUUUUUGUGUAAUGGCAGUGAUACUUGGAGUUGUUGCAUUUAAUUUGAGACGGAAUAAACAGGUCGAUGUUUCCAAGGCAUAUCCGUUGUGCUGUGGAAUUUUUGUACUGCUUUCGCUGAUGUUUUGCUCAGGGAUACUGCAAGGAGUGUGGCAAAAGAAUAUGAUGGAGGAAGCAUUGAGAGACGUGCAUAUAUACACACUGAUUGUUUUUUCGAUAUUUGUUGUGUACACGACGGUUGCAUACAGAUCUGAGAUAUCUGUAACACCAUGCAGAGAAAGUCUUUUUUUGAAAAUGAUUAAUCAUUUAUGGGAAUAA